AAAUUUAGGAUAUAUUCUUUAAUUUGUAGGUACCAAAGAUGAUACAAUGAAAUGUAAUCUCAGAAAAAAAAUUUCUGGCUACAUGGAUAGAGCAGAAAACAUAAAGAAAUACUUGGAUCAAGAAAAAGAAGAUGGAAGAUAUCACAAGCAGAUUAAAAUAGAAGAGAAUGCAACAGGUUUUGGUUAUGAGUCACUUUUUCAAGAAUACCUUAAUGAAUGGGUUACAGAAGUUUGGAUAGAAGAUCCUUAUAUUAGACAUACUCAUCAGCUGUAUAACUUUCUUCGAUUUUGUGAGAUGCUUGUUAAGAAAUCAUGUAAAGUAAAAACGAUUCAUCUUCUCACCUCUCUGGAUGGCAUUGGGAAAAAGCAGCAAUGUAGUGGCCUGGAAGAAAUAAAAGAGUCACUCAGAAAGCAUGGAGUGCUAUUGGAAUUAGAAUAUUCUUCUUCAAUACAUGACCGAGAAAUUCGGUUCAACAAUGGAUGGAUGAUUAAGAUUGGAAGGGGACUUGAUUAUUUUAAGAAACCACAGAGUCGUUUUUCCCUUGGAUAUUGUGAUUUUGAUUUAAGACCAUGUCAUGAAACAACAGUGGACAUCUUUCAUAAUAAGCACACAAAAAAAAUAUGAUGGGUAGUAGCUUACAUUAUAUAUUUCUAUUUUUAGUAAAUAUUGUAUUUUUUUUACUUUGAAUAGCUCAUUCCUGUAAUGUAUAAAUUUAACAAUAAACUUUAACAUUUCUACUAAUUUAUGG